AUGGCCGGCGGGCACGUCUGCCCCGACCCGGCCACGUCGCCCACCCCACCUCUCUCCUUUGGUAGCCCAAGACGCGCCAAACACACGCACCCGACCAGGCAUCGCCUCGGAGACGCGCCUCGGGCCACGCCCGAGCCCCCACCGACGCUGCACGGCGUGCCAACCGCCCCGUCCUUUCGUCGAGCACCUGGCAGUCCACACGCCCCGUCGCAUCCCUCCCCUCUGGCCCGCUGCGAGACGCGCGCUAGCCUCCAAGCCGCGGAACCGCCUCUCAGAACGGCAGCGACGCCGCCCAUCUCGACCAAUCCUCCGCUGCCGCCCUUCCUCCCCGUCGGUGCACGGACCUGGUGCACGGUGCACCAGCCGUCACCCUUUAAAUGCCGCACCGCACCCUCCUCUCUCCCAUUUGCUUCACCACACCCUCCCCAAAACCUCCCCUUCUCACCUCCGUGGGCGGAGAGGAGCUCUGCUCCUCCCUGCCGUCGAGCUCGCCGCGCAGCCGUGUUCCCGUGGCGUUUUGGUGAAGGGACCCCUGCAGACGCCGCCGUGACGAGCAGCAAGUUCGGCGCCGUCGACGUCGACCGCUCCGGCCGGUGCUGUUUUCGUCGCCGCCACCCUCCCUCGGUAGCCCGUGCUCUGCCGCAUCCGACGCGCCCCAUCCCGACGUCAUCUGCGCAGCGAGGUGAGCCCCCCAGCCUCCGCCGUUUCCCUGACUGCCGCCGCUGCACGUCGCGCGCCAUGCAUGGCGCGGGAGGACGACGCACCGCGGCCGUCGAUCCUCCCUUGAUCGGACGGCCGCAUGCGCCCCUGGCCCCGCACGCCAGCGUGGCCUCCACGCGCGCCCUCCGUUCAAAAAUCGCGGCUCCCGCCCUGCGCCGCCGCUUCCGGGCCGAAAUCGGCCGAGCCCAGCAAGCCCCGGCCCGCUUCCUCUUUUCUUUUUCUCCCAUUUAA